UAUUCACAUGCGUCCUUUUAACUUGCGCACCCAGCGUUGAGAAUCGAGCGCCACGUUAUUGCCGCUCUUUCCUGCGCAGUUUCUAAGGGGGGUAAGUUAAACGUCGCAGUGAGCAGCUCGUUGUUUCUUUGUCUCUGAAUGCAGCAAACAGCGUUUUUUAAUAUUUACAACAUGAUUAAAAGAAGAAGACUUGCACUGAGUUAAAGGAGAUAAAACAACAACCAAGGAGCGUUACCAAGGUGGUGACGACGCACAGGACGAGGAGACACAGACUGAAGCAGGAGCAGGAUCAGGAUCAGGAUCAGGGCACACACCUGUGAAAUCCUUUUACUGUUUCAUACUGUUGUGAAAAAAGUGUCUGCUCACACUUUGGCCCACAUGCAGGCGAGCUUUGCGGACUUUUUGAUGGACUCUGGUUGCUGACUUGUCGAUGAAGACCCUUUCAGAUUCUGGACAGGUGACAGCGAGUAACUGCCCAAUGGAGAAAUAUGAAAAGCUGGCCAAGAUCGGUGAAGGUUCCUACGGUGUGGUGUUCAAAUGCAGACACAGAGACACCGACCAGAUAGUUGCUAUAAAGAAAUUUGUCGAAUCUGAAGAUGACCCGGUCAUUAAGAAGAUUGCAAUGCGAGAAAUCCGCAUGCUGAAGCAGCUGAAGCAUGUGAAUCUGGUCAACCUGCUGGAGGUCUUCAGACGGAAAAGACGGCUCCACUUGGUGCUCGAGUUCUGCGAGCAGACGGUCCUCAACGAGCUGGACAAACACCCGAGAGGGGUACCUGAGGCUCAGCUCAAAAGUAUCAUGUGGCAGACGCUGCAGGCCGUCAACUUCUGCCACAAGCACAACUGCAUCCACCGCGAUGUAAAGCCAGAGAACAUCCUCCUCACCAAAACCGGAGUCAUCAAGCUCUGCGACUUUGGCUUCGCCCGUAUUCUGACGGGACCAGAGGAUGACUAUACAGACUACGUAGCGACCCGCUGGUACCGGGCCCCUGAGCUGCUGGUCGGAGACACUCAGUACGGGCCUCCCGUGGACGUUUGGGCUCUGGGCUGUGUUUUUGCCGAGCUGCUACAUGGGAAUCCACUGUGGCCCGGGAAGUCCGACGUUGACCAGCUCUACCUCAUCCGAAAAACUCUGGGUGACCUGAUCCCUCGUCACCAGCAGGUCUUCCGCUCCAAUGUUUUCUUCAGUGGCGUUAGUAUUCCCGAACCCGACACAACGGAGCCCUUGGAAAAGCGCUUCCAUGGAGUGUCUCCUCAUGCCCUCCAGGUUAUGAAGUCGUGCCUGGUGAUGGACCCCUCUCUCCGGCUGUCCUGUCAAGAGCUGCUGGAGUUGCCUUACUUCCAGGAAGAAGGAGGAGCCAACUGGGGCCGUGAUGGAGAGCGCCCAGGGAGACGACAUGACAAAGGCUCCCGACGUAGACAGGCAGGGGCUCAGUACCUGCCUCAGUUACCAAACAGCAACAUCUCACCAGCACCGGACGUCAAGAAACAUGUGAAGCAUAAAUAUCACCUGCCCAACAUUUAAUAAAGCAGCAGAUUGUUGGUGGCUGAAUGGAGAAAUAUGGA